AUGGGCGAGGCAAAGUCUGGGAAAGUAGCCGCACGUGAUGCCUUUCAGUUCUUUACCCCAGCUCCAAUCCUGCCGCACCUGGUGCCGGUUUUUCGUAUUGAACUGGCAGCUGACUUUGAGGUUUACGAUGGAAGGCAUCCACCGCCACUCCUGUACAAGGAGCUUCACGUUGAAAAUGGGUUGCGAGAACGUGAUGUGCGAUACACGGUGUUGGCACCGAGGCAUGCUGAAGGACCACACUAUGCCCCACCUUUCUACAUUGACACGGCGAGUUUCUCUUCGAAAUCCUGGACAGCAGUGGAUCACAACGUCUCGAGGCCUGAUCCGGAGAUGACAGUUGAGGUGGAGUUCACAGGCAUGCUCAAGUUCAGCAUCGUACAAACAUUUCGGGAGGCUAUGAAGAUGUACCUGCAGAUCGGCAUUCGAGAGCGUGACCUCGAGGACUUGAAGGAGCUCCUUUUUCGACAGCCAGUGCACAUCCUGAUUGCCCAUCAGGUCAUCGGAGUCCUGCAGACAGCUUUGCGAAUGCUCGCGUUUAAGAACGAGAUCACGUUCUUCAAAGGACGCUCUGACUACACCGGCCUGUCCAGUCGAUCCCUUGCGACUGACGUCGUGCAGGAGAUCGUGAUAUUCUUGUAUCUCUAUGACUUCGACACCAUCUCACGAUUAGUGUUGCUCCAAAUUGGAGUGUCUGCUGCGAUCAGCUUCUGGAAAUAUGCCCGUGUAGCACGACUUGGGACAACGUGGCUGUAUUUCUUGCCCUGGGCUACUUACGGCCGUUGCACUGCCAGUUCGCCGGCAUUGUCAGAUUCGCAGGCUGAUGAGACUUUAACAGAGGAGGCAGAUGAGAGGGGCAUGCGCUACCUCAAGUACGUUUUGUAUCCGCUUUCAGCAGGUUGGGGUCUGUACAGCCUAUACCACUACUCCUACAAAAACUGGUGGAGCUGGGUGAUUUCCAGCAUGGCGGAUUUCGCCUACACAUUUGGCUUUGUGAACAUGAUGCCGCAGAUUUUCAUCAACUACAAGUUGAAAUCAGUUGCCCAUAUGCCCUGGCGUGUUUUGGUGUACAAGUUCUUCAACACGUUCAUUGAUGAUAUCUACGCGUUCGUCAUUGCAGCGGACCAAAUGACGAACAAACACAGGUACAUGACGUUGCGUGAUGACGUGAUCUUCUUCAUUUUUCUUUACCAGAGGCAUAUCUACAAGGUGGACCCCAAUCGCCCCGACGAGUUUGGCAACGUCUAUGACGACAAUCUGGACGUACACCAGAAUGCCUCAGCCAGCGAGGUAUUCAGCCACCCAAUGCGAGGCUCAAGGCAGCACCACCUGCGAUGA